AUGAUUCUUACCUACGUUCUGCAACUUAGUUAUGCAGGUGGAGGUACUUAUUGUGCUAUCGCAUCCCUUCGACUGAUGGGAUUCGUUGGAGUUGAUUUUCUGUCUAAUGAUUCAUCAAAUUCAAUAAUAUACCCUUCAUUGCUUCUCAACAGAGUCUACAGAGACAAGCUAAUGAUGCUGAAUUUCAAGGUAGGGCUAACAAACGGAGCGACACAUGCUAUGCAUCUUGGAUUGGUGCUAUUCUUUCAUAGGAGGCGAUGCAUUCAUCAACAAAGUUGCUCUUCGCCAAUUCUUACUGACUUGUCAUUUUGA